AAUAAGGUUCUACAUUAGUAGAGAAUUGGACAAGGGAGACAGACAAGACGAGGGGGGAGAGAGCAAGGGGAUGUUGACUUACCCCUGUGACUCACUCCCUCAGAUAGUUUGUCCAAUGGAUGAAGAUGCUAUUUCCCAAAAUCCUUUCUCUAGUGCAUCCUCCCACAGUGAACCUCCAUCACCUCUCCUCACCCUUUCCUCCAUCACUCCCAGCUAUGGGAAUGAAACACCUGGUGGCAGAAGGAGCGGCCGUAUUCAAGGGAGAGGGCAGAGUUGUAACAAGCAGAGCCAUGCAGACACUGAAAAACAGAAUCCGUCCCCUCCAAAAGCAGAAAAGAGGAGUGGGGUCAUGGUGCAGCUGCCCCCACCCAAGCAGCAGAGAACUGAAUUCACACAGAUACGCAAAGAAGAAAAAAAGGAUGAAUUUUAUUUUAAUGUUGCUGCUGAGGACCCACUUCAGCAAAAGGACCCGGAUACACCGACGAGGAAGAUAAAUGUCUUGCCUAAAGAAAGUGUGUCAGAAAAUACCGCACAGAGUUCUGAGCUUCAGAGAUCUGACGUGGACGUGUCUUGGGGUUCGGCUGUUGAAGAGACGAGUAGUGAAUCUGUUCCAAAGGGAUGGGUAAUUGGGCCAUUGUUUCAGUCCUUCAAGUCCAAAAUGGCCAGUUUCACUGAGAUUGUAAUGAGUCCUGUGAAACUAUUCAGACUGAGCACUCCUCUGCCGUCUGUGGAUCAUCCACUCCACGCAAACAAGACUGAGCUUCAGGAUGAUAGAACUCCAAAUGUGCAAAGCAGAAUGCCUCAUGCAGAAGGUCAGCAUGAGGAUGAGGAUGUUGAAGGUGUUCAACCCCAAUGCUCUUCUCAAACAAGAGAUCAUUUUAACAAUGCUCCUCGAUUAGUGUGUGGCAAGGAAUUGCCAACAUGCAUCUCUGGACAGACGGCUGAAUGUGAAAUAAGCUGGAAGGGAAACGAGCCGUCUGAAUCUGUGGCCUUUGAGACUUCUCCAUUGCCCCGCAGUUAUUCUGAGCAAACAUCAGGUUGUGUUAGGUCUGUUGGUAUGAUCUCCUCUCUGCCGAUAAAGAUAUCUGCCACUGCAAGUGCCUCGUGUGAGUCCAGGCUGAAGGUGUCAUGUAUUCUGGAGGAUCACAAGGGGAAGUUGACCUCACAGCUGAAGUCGCUGCCUGAAGAUCAUUGUGUAGACCGAUCUGAAGUAAGAAAGGAGGAAUGUGACCCAGAGGACAGCAGAGAGCAUGUUUUUCACAUGAAUUCUUUAAAACCAAGUAAAUUUGACUUGGUUAGUGAGAACACUGCUUCAUCAGUCUUUUGUGACAACAAUGACACAGUUUGUCUUCAGGCUGGGAGGAAGGAUGGUGACCGGUCUGACCUAGAUGAUGUUCUGGAUGACUGUGCUCAUGAAAGGAUACUGAAGCCCAUCUUGGGCACUCAAGACUGUGAGCAAAACCUUGAAACCUACCCAGCUGCAAGUCUGGGGAGCGCAAAGAGGAGGCUGAACAUGAGCUCACAUCCUCAAGACUUGGUAAAGAGAAAACGAAUGACAGCAGGUCUAAAAAUAGAAGAUAAUCGAAAUUGUCAUUCAUUAAGUAGUGGCAGUUUAAGAGUGCUGAGACCAUCAAGAAAAGAAAUGUCAGCAAACCCUAUCAUCGACAGGAAAGUAAUGCAGGAGACAAAUAAGAAAGGACAAGCCGCUCAGAGAAAUGUAAAUAAGAGAGGCAGAAGUCGUGUUUAUGAAGAAGGGGUAACUACGCGGACUGAGAGUUCCUCUGCUGGUCUGCUGGGUUGUUCAUUGGAUAAGAGUCGUGAGCGAUCAGAGAACAACCAACAGGGUAGCAGGAGGAAAUCCAAGACCAGCACUUCAUGCGCAGCACUGAAGGAGAGACCCGGUCUCUGUAAACCCGACAUAAAGGGUACGGCUCUCACUUCGACAAAACUGGUUCAGGACAAGGACUUAUCCCAGGUUGUUUCUCACGUCAGUCCUCUUCGGAGCACAAACAAGUUCCAGAAUCUGAAGAAAAUCCCACUGCCACUGAAGCAGAAGUCACAAAACCAAGCAGGUUCCUCUCUGUUUUCAGCAGCUUCUGUUUCAUCAGCAGCAUCGAUGGAGCCGCUGGAACUCACUGCCGCCGACUUAAACAGCACUGAGGACAUUGAUAGACGGGACAGUUGGAAAACAGAGUUGAGCAAGCCAUCCAAGAGGCCAAAAAAGGAGUGUAGAGGUGCCGAAAAAUCAAUCAUGUCAGGUGAUACUCACGAAACAAAGCACCACGUAACUAACUGUUACGUUGCUAUCAGGAAAUGUUGGUCUAUAGAAUGCAAAGAUAAAAACUCAGUCGAUCCUUUCUAUCAGAAAAGGACUCCAGUUGCACAAAGUCCGUCACCUCGCUGGCCUUGCCUGAACUCUCACACAAAAAUAAAUAAUGAUUUCAAGUGCACUAUGGGUGGGAAAGUAAGGACUAUUUCCUCACUUUCAGAUCAGGUAUUUCACACAGAUGCUGAAGCCAGCAAAUGUACUCAGGACCUAACUUCUGGUUUUGGCGACACAGAAGACAAAUCUCAUACUCAUGCAGGCAGCUUCAUUGUGUCUGGGCUACGGCCAAGUCUGAGAUGGACGAACAGUAAGAUACAUGUGUCAGACUGCCAAAAGAGAAGGUGCAGGGUUUUGCGUAAUAAACAUCCUGAUGAAGAUGUGACAAAUUCUGUCACACGGGAAGGAAUGUCUUCCUCAGAAAACGCCAGCAUAUCUAAGCACCUGUUGCGCAGUUACUCUUGCCCAGAGUUCCCCUCCCUCCGCUCCCAUGACACACCCUGGAUGACCCCUCUGCAUUCACCGCAUCACAGGAGUCACACCUCAUACCAACAUCCAUAUUCCCCAAAUCCCUUCAGCCUUCAGUCUCGCAAAGACCUGCAGCGAACCCGGCGGCACACAGUCUGCAGCGUGGAAGUGGAGCGCGAAAUCGCGCCUCUGUGCCUUCGUAAGGAGGUGUACCCAAUCAGAAAAUCUGCCUUGUAUGACAGAGUCACUGCACUUUCUCCCAGCACUUCAUUUUCAACUCUUGUUUCUUGUUUCCUUUCGAGCUCUCUGGCUUUCCUUUCAAAGAAGCACAACGGCAGAGGAGCGGCUGCCGGUGCCAACACUUGCAGUUGCAUUUCCUCUCCCCUCUCGUCCUCUUCUGCUUCUCCACCAAGCUCCUCCACAUGGCACCUUCCUGGUUUUCUCCCAAAAGCUGACCUGUCCGGUGCUACUUUGGCCUCCAAUAACAGUGUAAAUAUCUUGGAGUGUGAGACUGAGAGAAGACCACAGACUGAAGACGAGGAUGAUAGUGAGAACACAAACUUCUCUGGUCAGGAGUUUGAAAAUGUGGGUUUGAGAGAGGAAAAGGCUCUGUCCGAUUCUGAAAUUAAGGUGGUGAGGAAGCAUGAGGAACGAGGGAAGGUGUCAUCUAUAAGGAUUCGAAAAACGUUACCCAAACCCCAGAACAACCUCACACCUAUGGGACUGCCUCGACCCAUUAGGGUGAAAAAGAAGGAGUUUAGCUUGGAGGAAAUUUACACCAAUAAGAAUUUCAGCAAACCUCCAGAAAGUCGGCUGGAGACGAUAUUUGAAGUUCCUCUCAGUCGCCGGAACGGCUCUGAGUCUUUUUUUGGCCAGAAGAGAGUGAAAAGGUUUCUGGAGUUUCUUGAGGUCGGUGAGGUCAGGAAACCAAAGAAGCCACUUGUUGGCAUCCCAAAGGUGGGAAUUACCACCUCCAGGACAAGACGCGGGGGCUGCAACAACCCAAAGGAUGACCCGACCAUCAGCCUGCAUGACGUGGACUCGCUUCUCUGUGCCAAACUGGAACAGCUGAAUUUGUGGUUAAUACAUGACCAGAAAGGCAAAUAGAUUUAAGUGUUGACUGUUAAAAAAAAAAAAAAGAAAAAAAAAAAAAGACAUCUACAUUUUUCAGUGUCACGCA